CUCUUCCUGGAUCCAGGCUUCCCGCCCUCUGUUAUACAGUUUUGUAAUCUCCUUGACAAGAACUUCCUCUCUAGCGAAAUUCCCUACUUAGCACACAUCGCAAGCGCUUAACUCGUUGAACUGGGACCAUUUGCCAGUACCGACAACACCAUCGCAUCCCACCCCCUCCGUCCGCCAACUGGCUGCUCACAAAUCAUCGGGUUACGCUUGCUUCUACCUACUUCGUACACUCAUAUCCUCCGCGUCCGCCAGUUCUUUCCGUCCACGCAUCUCCGUUUUCUCCUUGUCCUCCUACCCCGGCGCUUUAUUCCCGGGACAUUUCUUCCUCCGCUUGCUUGACGCCCCGAAUGUCAUGACUCUAGACGUCAGCCGCCCUGUGCAGGGCGUGCCGCCCGACCAUGUUCGCGAAGCCGAUUUUUUUGCAUCACUCUGGGAAGCGGCUCCCUUCGCCCGUCUCCCCUCGGACGCCCCGGCCGAACUGAAGGACCUGGUUCAGGACCUUGAUAACCCCAAGCGCGUCUAUGCCAUUCACCGAGCUAGUCGCCGUCAUAAUUUCCAAGUGCUUGUUGAGAGAUACAUCGCCCAGCUUCGCUACGGAUGCGACUCCGACUUGUGCACUACCUCGACUUGCUUCACCUGCCGCCGUCGCACUGUUGGCAAGGCCCCGAUUCGACGUUAUAAUCCUACCAGUGCAAGAAUCCUAGCUGUCUACCUCGCCAGUCAGGACAAUCCCGAGACCGGCUUUUGCCCCUAUCUCAAAUCACUCAAAGAACCGCCGGCGGCUCUGAAUUCUCUCGUCUUCUCGCCGAAACGUCCGACUUCACCGACUUCACCCUUUAGCGAUCCCUUUUCACGACGGCGUGGUCGGAGUACCACGACACGGAAGAACUCGGUCGCGCACAAGUUGCCGCCCCCCCAUCGAGCCACGGCAGAUAAUGAAGAGACGGGAGAGGAAUGCGGUUCGAAUUCUAGCAAGAACCGGCCUGGGCGGACCAAUUCGACAUCUGGGGGCAGGUUAUACAUUGAUUCGGAUACCGGCGACAUGCAGCCUUCGUUCAAAGUGACAGAGAGGCCUAUUAGCAAGGACCAUCGAUCUUUCUCCGCAAACCUGUUUAGCACCCUCGCUUUCAAGAUGAUUGAAUGGUUAACUCCUACUGGCCUCGAGUCUAUGUCUCGGAAGGUGGACGAAGCGCUGAAGGCCGACGCGGAUAUGAACGAGUCUUCCAGUGUGGACUGUACGAUCUUAUCCACCCCGACUGCUUCCGAUAACCCGACUUCUCUGUCGACAAGUAGGCCUCAUUCGGAACAGGGCCGAGAUAUGCCACCACUACUUGACACAGCUCAGAAAGAGCCGUCCUUCGACUCGAACGCGCCAGAGCGACCGACGCCGACGGUACCAACCCUGCCCCAUUCGACGAAUAAAGACAGACCGCGCCGUAAAUCGAGUGCGAAAGUACGGGCUGCAUGCAACACGACCUCGUCAAGGAAAGUAUCCGUCGAGACCAUAGGCCCCGGGUACUCGGACGGACCGCCUCCGACCGUCUCGUCACCGCGCUUGAAUGGAGCUGUGACGGAUAAGGCUACACGUCCACCGAAGACCCGUGCGAUACCUGACGUAUCCCCUUCGUCCUCUCUAUUUGACGAGCUUCCUCCCCGACCCCACGAAACUGCGCCAUCUGGUGUUCCGAGGUCUAAGGCAGACUCUACAACACACAGCGGCGUCGAGAACGGGGUUGGUGAUGGCCAAUUGUCUCGGAGCCCGGCACCUGCGACGACGAGACAAGGCCAAAAGGCCAGAGUCAUCUCGCCGCCAGAGAAGAUGGAGCCGAUCGAAGAAACGCUGCCUGAUGGCGUCCUUCCACAAUCGCUCAAGUUACUGAACAUGGACCUUGUGGAUUUCGUCUGUGACGUAUUGCAGGACGAUGGCACCUCGGAGAAACAUCUCUUCGAACCUCCACAGAUCACGGGCUCGUCUCUGGGGCUCGUAGAACGGCCUCGGGCAAUGCGCCGAACGAAGGAGCGUGCAUCUCCCUACCCUAAGCGGCUGAAGACGCAAUGGAAAUACUUCAUCGAGCAGAGCUUGUUUAACGUCCUGAGCGACCCGAAGAAGCUCAUCGCAUCCUUUGCUCAGAACGGCGAGCUACUCGAUUCUCAUUCCCUGUGGUACUGUAUGGUCAGGCUGACAAGAGUUGCGCCGACGCUGGUCUUUGAUGGUCUUUGGAUUGCGGCGGCUAGUCUGUUCGGACCUCCGAAGUCUCUCCAGUCUCUACGUUCCCCUACGACCAAGGUGUUCAUGAAGCUCGAGAAAUCACUCACCAAUGUCGAAGCUGGACACCUGACAGCCAUUUGCCUUCAUGCUCUUGUGGCGGCGGCGCCCCUCGUCACUGACACGAGGUCGCUCUACGAGAUGUCGACAAUCCGGUCGAGCGGGUUAACGCUGGCGGGCGGUAGCACGGCGGCACGUCUCUGUCUGCAGUAUCAUGACGUCUUUUCCGAUGACCUCCUCCUUCGACUGGCCAGGCGCCUUUUCUUGGCCAUAUCGGCUCGGCGAUGCUUUGCGGAGAUGGCAGUUCCCGUUGAGGAAGCCUCGGACCGAUCGGGCGACGAUCUUGACGCGCUCCGGCCUCUUCUUGCACAACUGGAACUCGUCGGCAUAAACUCCGUACCUGGCCUUCAGGCCACCCAGGCAGAACGCGAGUUGCACGAGGUCAGGGCGCCGACCCUUCUUCUCGACUGGGCCAAAACGGUCAUUCUCGACGAAUGGGAUGGGAACCCGGUCAUCUCCUUCAAUAGCCCUUUGGGCGGGGCCUUGACCCUCUUGACGGCCAUGUAUGAGAAACGACAAUCGCUACUCCUCGGGGAUUUGCAAUUUCGUAUCGACUAUUUUGCCGACCGUCUGGACUCCAUCGACGUCCCCGUGGCUUGGCUGUCGCACAACCCAUCCAGGCGGAGCAAGCACCUGCUGGACUAUCCCUUUAUCUUCAACCCGUCUUCAUUGGUGUCAUAUUUUCGCUCUAUCAAUCUGGUACGGAUGAGCCAAAGCUACGAAGAAGCGAGUUCCUUACAGACCAGGAUUAAAGCCAUUGUUACUCGUGACGGGCUUAUCAAGAACGCCCACCACAGGCUGGUUCUCCAGGAGAUGAUGAGGACUGCAUCCAGCAAGUACCUUAUUCUAGAAAUCAGCAGGGAUCACGUGGUGCGAGAUGCCUUCGACCAGCUGUGGCAACGUGAGGAGCGAGAACUCCUCCGACCCCUCAAGGUCCAUCUGGGCGAAGAAGAUGGAGAAGAGGGUUUUGAUUCCGGAGGCGUUCAACAAGAAUUCUUCCGCCUCGCCAUGGAAGAGUGUUUGGACCCCGAGUAUGGCGCUUUCGCCGUGGACGAGCGGACACGUAUGACAUGGUUUGUCCCUGGUUCCCUUGUCCCGACUUGGAAGUUCGAGCUUGUUGGGAUUCUCGUGUCUCUGGCUGUAUACAAUGGCUUGACGCUGCCCGUCACAUUUCCAAAGGCACUCUACCGGAAACUCCUCGGUGAGUCCGUGGACGAGCUUCAUCAUAUCGCGGACGGCUGGCCCGACCUGGCCAGUGGUCUUACGGAACUACUUGAGUGGGACGAAACGCAUGGCUCGGUAGAAGACGUCUUUGUCCGUACGUACGAGUUCUCGGUCGACAUGCUCGGGCAGCCCAUCUCUCGGGAGAUGAAAGCGGAGUACACGAGCUGGCCGCAAUUGGCUACGAUGGGCGACGAGUCGCGCACGGCGCAGAAUCCCGAGGACGCGUCCCUCGUUACCAACGAGAACCGCAACGCCUACGUUAGCGACUACAUCCGGUACUUGACCGACGUGUCGGUCCGGCCCCAAUUCGAAGCUCUCGCUCGCGGCUUCCGCGCCUGUCUCCACCCCAAGUCGCUCUCCCUCCUCACGCCGGGCAUCCUUCAGUCCAUGGUGGAGGGUGUCCAGGAAAUCGACAUUGGCGAGCUGCGCAAGUACACGCGUUACGUUGGCUGGGACGCGAGCCACCGCGCUAUCCGCGACUUCUGGUCGAUUGUCAAGCGGUAUGACGAGGAUAUGAAGCGGAAACUGCUCGAGUUCGUCACAGCGUCGGAUCGUGUCCCCGUGGGCGGGAUGCGGAAUCUGCAGUUCGUGGUGCAGAAGAACGGCGAGGAGGACGAAGGCGGGCACCUUCCCACGGCGUAUACCUGCUACGGCACGCUGCUGCUACCGGAAUACAAAGACAAGGAGGUGUUGCGGGAAAGACUCGCCAUGGCGCUUAACAACGCGAAGGGCUUUGGAUUCGCCUGAAUUGUUUUAUUUUUUAUUUUUUGCUUUUCCUUUUUCUCCUUUUCUCUUUUUCUUCUUCCUUUUCUUCUGGUCUUGUCUCCAUGCUCCGGAACAAGAUCCUGACAGCGAUCAUCUGGAAGCGCCCUGUAUUUUAUAGAUAGCUUGAUCAUUUAGUCUCGAAGCGGGCGUUUUGAAGCGGAUGGGAAAGAAGCUUUGAGAUCCCAUGCUACGAAGUAAAUGUCAUAUUGAGUGCAGCGACUCUUAAGACCAUGACAAGAACUGAGCUAUUCGUUUUGACUCUUCAUAGAUGUGGUAUUCAGACCCAGUCCGUGAUCUACCACGCAGCCGCGAAUACAAGUGCUCCAGC